GAAAUAAAGAGAGUCAGAUCUGCUCGGAAUGUAACGUUUCUACGGGUUCUGGACUCAGUUCGGGUCCAGAGUCUGUAAACAGCUCCAGAAGCAGCAGUUCUACUCCGGACCGGCAGGCGGCGGCGGCGUCGUGCCCGUCCUGUUUCCCCUGUUUGCCAUCUAUCAUGGCGGCUCCCAGCUGCAGGUGUCGUUCACGGUGAGGUUGUUCGUGGUUCGGUGACGCAGGAUGAGGUGAAGAGCUUACCGGCCUCAGGUGAACAGACUUGAGAUAAACACACGUGUGGGCUUUGAUUAGACCGCAGCUCCUCAGUAAUCCUUCCGGCUUAUCAAUUUGCUAUGAGUGUGAUGUCAUCAAUGAUGCGGGGUGCACGGCUGCUCCGGAGCUCCGCCCCCCUGCUCACCUGGCCUCAGAGCAGACGACUGGCCUCCAAGCAGGUCAAAGGUCAGAGGAAGGAGCAGAAGAAGCCCAAAGUGGACAAACAGGAAGUGGAGAUCAGACAGGGCAUGACGGCGGCGGCGCUGGCGGCGGCCAUGAACAGAGACUUUGACCACGUUGUGGAGGCGCUGCUCAACACGCCGGCGGACCUAGACUCGCUCCGGCCCGACUCGGUUCUGGAGGACAGCUGCAUCAAGGAGGCGGUGAUCCGGUCCGGGAUGAAGUUCAGAUGGGCCAAGCUGGGCGAGAGCCAAGAGCGGCCCAACAGAGACGCCCAGAGGAGGCCCCCUGCUGACCCCGCGCUGCUGGUGAGUCGGCCCCCGGUGGUCACCAUCAUGGGUCAUGUGGAUCACGGGAAGACGACGCUGCUGGACAGCCUGAGGAAGAGCCAGCUGGUCGCCACGGAGGCCGGCGGCACCACGCAGCACAUAGGCGCCUUCCUGGUCCAGCUGCCCACCGGGGAGCGGAUCACCUUCCUGGACACGCCGGGCCACGCCGCCUUCUCCUCCAUGAGGGCCCGCGGCGCCCACGCCACAGACAUCGUGGUGCUGGUGGUGGCGGCCGACGACGGCGUCAUGAACCAGACCGUGGAGUCCAUCCAGCACGCCAAGAACGCCAAAGGUAGGAGUGGGUGUCAUCAGGCGGCGCCGGGUUGUUCUGAGGUUCUGGUUCUGACGUUCUGCUUGCGGCCCGGCCCAGUCCCCAUCAUCGUGGCGGUGAAUAAGUGCGACAAGCCACAGGCCGACCCCCAGCGGGUGAAGCAGGAGCUGCUGGCGCACGGCGUCGUCUGCGAGGAGUUCGGCGGCGACGUUCAGGCCAUCCACAUCUCGGCUCUGAAGGGCGACAACCUGCAGGCUCUGGCCGAGGCCACGGUGGCGCUGGCCGAGGUUCUGGAGCUCAAGGCGGACCCGGGCGGCCCGGUGGAGGCCGUCCUCAUCGAGAGCCGGACCGACAAGGGCAAAGGCCCUGUGACUACAGUCAUCGUCCAGAGGGGGACGCUGCGGCGCGGCUGCGUUCUGGUGGCCGGCUGCUGCUGGGCCAAGGUCCGCUUCCUGUUCGACGAGAACGGCUGCGCGGUGCUGGAGGCGGCGCCGAGCGCGGUGGUCCAGGUGGUCGGAUGGAAGGAGCUGCCGUCUGCCGGAGAGACCGUGCUGGAGGUGGAGUCAGAGCAGCGGGCCAGAGAGGUGGUGGAGUGGAGGAGCCACCAGGCGGAGCAGCACAAGCUGCUGGGGGAGCAGAGCGCCAUCGAGCUCAAGCAGCAGCGCCACCUGGAGGAGUACCGGCGGGAGCGCGAGCCGCUGGCCCACCUGAGCUGGCGCCAGAGGAGGGCGGCGCUGUACCGGGCCGACAAGAUCCGCUUCUCGAUGCGGCCCAGCGAGCGGACGGAGUGCGACGAGCCCGGCCUGCCGCUCGUCAUCAAAGGUGACGUGGACGGGUCGGUGAAGACGCUGCUGAACAUCCUGGACGGCUACGACGCCCAGGACGAAUGCCGGCUGGACGUGAUCCACUUCGGCGUCGGCGACGUCUCGGAGAACGACGUCAACAUGGCCGCCACGUUCGGAGGGUCGGUGUACGGCUUCAACGUGGCGGCGAGCCGCGGCGUGACGCAGCUGGCGGCGCGGAGGGGCGUGGCCCUGCACCUGCACCGCGUCAUCUACCAGCUGGUGGAGCAGCUGCGCCACGAGUUGAGCAGCAAGCUGCCGCCGCAGCGCCGCUGCAGCACCGUGGGUGAGGCGACGGUCCUCGCCAUCUUCACCGUCUCUGUGGGGAAGAAGGAGGUUCUGGUGGCUGGUUGCCGGGUCCAGAAGGGCCAGCUGGACCGGCGGCUGAAGUUCAGGCUGAUCCGAGGACGAGACACGGUGUGGGAGGGUUCUGUGUUGGCGCUGAAGCACCAUAAGGAUGACGUGGCGACGGCGAAGGCGGGCAUGGAGUGCGGCGUGUCGGUGGACGGCGAGGUGGACUUCAGCGCUGGUGAUGUCAUCGAAUGCUUCGAGGAGCAGGAAGUUCCUCGGGUCACUUCCUGGGACCCUGGGUUCUGACCGGACCCUCAGACUGAGAAACUACUCCGUUUGGUUCUGGAACAUUUUAUUAAUAUUUCAUGAAAACAAAUCUGAUCAUCGAUUCACAUGUUCAAAUAAAUGAUUCCAACAUCCA